AUGUAUGUAACCGAAUUUCAGAAACGUGGACUACCACAUGUGCAUAUGCUACUCAUCUUGGAUACUGAUGACAAGUUAUGGGAACCUGAAGAGUAUGAUAGUGUGGUGAAAGCAGAAAUACCACGACAUAAAUCUGAACCAGAAUUGUAUGAAGCUGUGUUAAAACACAUGAUCCACGGGCCAUGUGGAGUAUUGAAUCAAAGCUCUCCGUGUAUGAAGAAUGGCCAUUGUAAAAAAAGAUACCCAAAAGACUUUUGUGAAGAGACGCGUCAGGGAAAUGACUCAUAUCCUGAGUACAUGAGAAGGUUUAGUGAUCCCAUUUUUUUAAAUAGAAAUAAGUCUGUUGAUAAUAGAUGGGUGGUUCCUUAUAAUCCAUGGUUGUUGUUGAAGUACGAUUGUCACAUCAAUGUUGAGAUUUGCAGCAGCAUCAAAAGUAUUAAAUAUUUGUAUAAAUAUGUUUACAAAGGUCCUGAUCGAGUUGCAAUGGAGGUUCACAGAGGUACAGGUAUGGAUGAGAUUCAACAAUAUGUUGAUGCAAGAUGGAUUUGUGCUCCAGAGGCAUUGUGGAAAAUAUUUAAAUUCACACUUUACAAGUUAUACCCCUCUGUUGAAAGACUACAAAUCCACUUGCCAAAUCAUCAUCAAGUGCGGUUCUAUAAGCAUCAAAGAAUCACAGAUGUACUAAAUGAUAACCAAAAUGCAGUAACCAUGCUCACUGAGUUCUUUGCACUAAACCAAAUGGAUCCACAUGCUAGGAAUUAUUUGUACAGAGAGAUUCCAGAGCAUUAUUGUUGGCUAAAAGGGGUCAAAAAAUGGCAACGAAGACGGACAAAACGAAAAGUUAUUGGUCGAAUCUAUACAGUAUCUCCUUCAGAAGGUGAGAAAUUUUAUUUACGUGUUUUAUUGUCUCAUUUAAGAGGUCCAACAAGCUGGGAAUGCCUUCUUACACAUAAUGGUGCAUGUUUUUUCACGUUCAAAAAAGCAGUUGAGGAUUGGGGGUUAUUAGAGAGUGACAAUAUUAUUCGUGAAUGUAUGCUUGAAGCAUCAAAUAUGUGCAUGCCAUAUGCUUUACGAAGGUUGUUUGUGACUAUAUUAAUUUUUUGUGAACCAACUGAUGUUAGAGGCCUAUUUAAUGAGUUUUAUCCCUACAUGGUGAAGGAUUAUCAAAUGACAAAUAUUGUUGUGGGAAAUAACUUUGAAGAUAUGUUAUUGAGGGAAUUGAGAGAUCUUUUGCUGCUACAUGGAAAGCUAAUCAAAAACUAUGAUCUUCCAAUAUUGACAAUGGAAACAAAUGAAGUUGGGGGAGUGCCAACAAUUAUUCAAGAAGAGUUGUCGGUCCAAAUUCCAGAUGAAGACAUUCAAUCAGUUGAGAAGUUAAAUAAUGACCAGAUGAGUGCUUACAAUACAAUUAUGAACGCCAUCCACCAAAAACAAAGUCAAUUUUUUUUUGAUGGUCCUGGAGGAACAGGUAAAACUUUCCUUUAUCGAACUAUAAUGGCAAAUCUGAGACGUAAUAGUCAAAUUGUCUUAGCAACAGCUUCCUCAUGUAUAGCUGCUACAUUAUUACCUGGUGGUAGAACUGCACACUCUCGAUUUGGGAUCCCCAUUGAUAUAGAGCCUAUUUCUAUUUGCAAAAUAACAAAGAAUUGUGACAUUGCAAAACUCAUUAGAAUAACCAAUGCAAUCAUUUGGGAUGAAGCACCCAUGAUAAAUAGAUAUUGUGUGGAAGCAUUAGAUCGAUCACUGCAAGAUAUUAUGAAUAUCAAUGCUCCAUUUGGUGGAAAAAUAAUGAUCAUGGGAGGAGAUUUUCGCCAGGUGCUUCCUAUUAUUGAAAAAGGAAGUAGAGGACAAAUGAUUUCAGCGUGUAUUGUUAGGUCUCAAUUAUGGGCCACCACAAAGAUCCUACACUUACGCCAAAAUAUGUGA